AAACGUUAGUUGACCGUGGACGCCCGCGGAAGCCGCACGUUUCUCCGUACUCGCGUUGUGAAUAUCGUCAAGCAUUACGUUUCUUUACACAACAAAUAACGAUGCCUGUUUCACCGAUUGUGGGAAUCGACGAUGACCAGCGCUUCGCUUUGAUGAAGUUCCGUCGCAGCGUUAAAGAUGUCACAAAACCAGAACACGAUGACCACUUCCUUCUGAGAUGGCUGAGAGCGAGACAAUGGGAUGCGGAAGCAGCAGAAAAAAUGCUUAGAGACUCCCUGGAGUGGCGCGAAAAAUGGGGCAUCGACUCAACAUUACCAGAGUGGCAAGCGCCUGAGGUCCUGGAGACGCACUUCCCAAGCGGCAGCACCGGGUUCGAUAAAGAAGGAUCACCAGUAAUAAUAGUCCCAUUCGUGGGUCUGGACGUCUGGGGCCUGCUGCACUCCGUGUCGAAGACCGACGUCAUCCGGAUGAUCCUCCGCCAUCUUGAAAACUACCUAGCGAUCGCUCGCAAGCAAGCAGAGACGCGUGGACCUCAGGCUCUUAAAGUGACAGUCCUCUUCGACCUAGAGGGCUUCAAUAUUCGCCAGUACGCAUGGAAACCGGCUGCGGAGAUGGUCUUCAGCCUACUAAAGCUGUACGAAGCCAACUACCCUGAGAUACUCAAGUCCUGCUACAUUGUAAACGCCCCCAAAGUAUUCUCCCUCGCAUUCUCCGUGAUCAAAAAGUUCAUGCACGAGUACACCAUCUCCAAGAUCAAGAUCUACGGGUCAGAUACCAAGAAAUGGCAAGCACAAGUCCUAACGCUCAUCGACAAAGACCAAAUGCCGGUCCACUAUGGAGGGACAGUUGUGGAUGACAAUGGGGAUCCACGGUGUAGUCUCAUUGUAAGUAUAAGAGGCAAGGUGCCGAAGAGUUACUACUCGCGGAACACGACAGGAGACUCCGAGAAGGAGUUCAAAAGAGUCACCAUCAAAACGGGCGAGAAACACGUGGUCGACAUGCUGUGCGGGGAGGGGGAGAGCGUGCUGAAGUGGGAAGCAGGAGUGGACCACCACGAGAUAAAAUUCGUGAUCAAGCGAAAAGAUGAGGAAGGUGCCGAGACUGUUGUCUACGGUCCCAAGAAGAUCGGCGAGGGGCCAGUGGAUGUCGGCAUAAUGCCUAUCACUGGGCCUGCAACUUAUUCAGUGAUAUUCAACAACAAGAGCUCCUUCCUAAGAAGCAAGAAGGUAUUUUAUCACGUCAUCGUGUCCGUGCCCGAGCGAGAUCUCAACAUGAACGUCGAGCCCGACGACGAUAAAUAACCUGAACCAUAGACUAAAGACUGUAGGAUUGUGAUAUAUACUUUUUAACUAAAAAAUAUAGUUUGUCAAGGAAAUCUUGCCAGUAGAAAAAGGCGCGAAAUUAAAAUUUUCUAUGGGACGAUUAACCCUUCGCGUCUACAUUUUUUAAAUUUGCCGCCUUUUUCUACUGACAAGAUUUGCUUGACCAACUUGACUUGAUUUUGCAUUCAUGGCAGGUGAAGGUGACUCAUGUCACCAUUGCAUGCGAUUUGCGUUACAUUGCGGCAUUUGAUGGAUCGAUUGAAUUCGUUGCACCUACUUAGCCGGCAAUUAUCUACAAGCGCUUGCAAUUUUUUGCAGUGUGACUAUAGUCACAGCCUUUAAAAAACAGCCAAAAAUUGGCGGCUUUGUUGAAUUAUAUUCGCUCAAUGGUUCAAAAUGAACGAAAUGAAAUCGUGCAAUAAUAAAUUAUUUUUGUACUGCAAAAACUGAUCUCUAAUAAUGUUCACAUUCUUAUGAUAGAUAUUAGAUAGACUAUGAUUUUAUUUUGGCGUAUUAUGAGUUUCUUGUUUGGUUGUUUUAUUUUGCUACGUACAAGUUUCUGUAAUAAAUUGGAUACGUACACUACUGCUCCAAUUAGGGUAAAUUACCCAAUUAUAGGCACAGAAAAUUAACUUCGUAAUUGGCAAUUAUUUUAUAGUCACCACAGUUGCGUUACAUUGUUCGGGUGCCUUCAAUAGGGUAGUUUACCGCUCUGUGGCUUUGUGCCCUUUGUGCUACUGAGAAGACAAAUGUUAAUGAAGUUGUUUUGCAUAGCGACAUGGGCAUCGACCAUAUUAUUAUAUGUUCUGUAUGGUUAGCGAGAAAAAAAAUACGAUAAUAUUUUUGCAGUUGAGUGUACCUAAAGAAAUAGACUAUUAUAAUUAUGUACAUUGUAAGUGAUGUUUUAGGGUAUGUUAUUCGUGGUUAACAUUUUUAUA